AGUUGUAUGUUGGCCGAGGGUUCGCGUGGCGGGGGCGGCAACGACGAUGACAUUAUUUUAUUUAUGCUGUGAUAGUGAAAUAACAACAACACCAAGACCAACAACUGAAAUAACACCCAUUCCCCUAAAAUCAAUCGCAAUAUUUUCGACGAGGGACGCGAAACGCAUGGAGGGUCUUCACUUUUAACGAUGAAAAAAGAAAUUAACCAAAAGCUUUAACCAAAACAUAAAGAAAAACACCAAGCAAAUCGUUGCGAACCGUAUAGAUAAAUUAAUAUUUAAUAAUAGUGAAAACAGCACCAAUUAGCGCAUAACCUAUAAAAUAUUAGUCAAUAUGUUUAGCUAGCUACAAUUUACAUAGAUAAUAUUUAAUUAGUGGCUUCAAACAAAACACCAAGCAACCAAACAACCAUUCAACAAAGGGGAAAACCAAUACCUAGUUCAAUUGAACGGAACGAAAAACUAACGAAUAGCGAUUAGGAAAACUGGCCAACUGAUAAGGCUGGCGAAAAUAUUAAGCUUAUAGCAUAUAGGAAAUAAUAAUAGCAACGGCAACCCACCCCAUCCCCAAGCGAAAGCCCCGAAAAGCGGAUUCAUUCAGUAAAACGUGCCACACAACCGGACGGCAGCGACGUCGACGGCGUCAGCGGCAGCGACGGACAACAGUAAAUGUCAAAGUCAUAAAGAGAAAGCACGGAAACGCCGAUGAGAGAAAGCUCAAAGGAAACGUCAAAACUAUGCGAGGCGAUAAAAGCUAGACAGUUAUUUUGGGAGAAGCAAUGCCAAGUGUCAAAAUCUCAAAGAGAAAUUACGAAAAGAGAGAAACAGCUUAACAAAGAAACCCUCAGGUUAUUUUGCUAACCAGUGGAUCAAACGAAACCGCCAUUAAAAAACGUAUCCUGUCCUGUGGAAUGCUGACACAAGUGUUCGAUAACCUCAGCUUGAAUUCGAAAAAGAGUUCAGAAAAAGAAAAGGGAAAAAAACGUCACAAAAGGAGGUCAUCCAAAUCGUCAGAAGAGAGCUCCUUGAUAAUUUGACACAAUUCAAAGCUAAACCAAUGAGAAAGCCUUAAGUGAAAGCUCAGGAUAAUAGCUUCAGCACAGCUUUUGGCCAAGACACAAUCCACUAAAAUCGAAUCCAAUGGCCAGCACAGCGCUAGCAACGGAUGGCGGUGAAGGUGGUCCAGGGGCAGGAGGAGCGCCGGCAGGAUCAGCGCAUCCCGACGACGCGAGCAGCAUGAGCGACGACGUCUUCGAGGAUGCGGAGACCACCCAGGCCAGGAUCGAGGAGCUGCGUCGCCGGCCCUUCGGCGAUGGCUGCUACAAUCCCCCCGCAGCGCCCGCCUCUGUUUCUGCCUCGAUAACGACGACAACGACGCAGCAGCAACACCAUCACAAUCCCUCGCACCACCACCAACCUUCCCAUCACCAACCAUCCCACCACCAUCACCACCACCACCACAACCAGCAGAGCUUGACGGGUAGCCAUCACUACCACGACGAUGCCAUCAUGGCGCCCGUCCAGCGCUCCGCCACUGGAUAUCCUGGCUAUCGUCCCUCCCGCGAGGCUAUGCAGAUGUAUGCGUACGGAACGGAUGACUACGACGAUGAUGACUAUAAUGAUGGUUGGCGAUCGUAUCGCUACGAUGAAGUGGACAUGCACCCAGCCCCGUCCACCGCCUAUCAGCAGCCCUUCGAUGAUACGGUCAACCACAAGACGAUCCUGCUGGGAGACUCGGGCGUGGGAAAGACCUCCUUCCUGGUCAAAUACAAUACGGGCGAGUUCCGACUGGGUUCCUUUUCCGCCACGGUGGGCAUCGCGCUUACGGUCAUAAUGCUGGGCGAUUCGGGAGUGGGCAAGACCUCCCUUUUGAUCCGUUUCCGCGAUGGUCGAUAUGUGCCGAGUUAUUUCCUCAGCACGGUUGGCAUUGAUUUUAGGAACAAAGUGGUGGUCGUCGAUGGAACGCGCGUCAAGCUGCAAAUCUGGGACACAGCCGGUCAGGAGCGAUUCCGGAGCGUUACCCACGCCUAUUACCGCGACGCGCAUGCUCUGCUGCUGCUAUAUGACGUGACCAACAAGACCACCUACGACAACAUACGCGCCUGGCUGGGCGAGAUCCGGGAGUACGCGCAGGAGGACGUGGUCAUCGUUUUAAUUGGCAACAAGGCCGACUGCAGCGGCAGCGAGCGACAGGUGAAGCGGGAAGACGGGGAGCGUUUGGGGCGGGAGCACAACGUGCCCUUCAUGGAGACCUCGGCCAAGACGGGACUCAAUGUGGAGCUGUCCUUCACAGCGGUGGCCAGGCAACUGAAGAGUCGCGGCUAUGAGCACGGCGAUGAUGGAAAGUUCAAUGUGCAUGAUUUUGUGCGUGACAAUACAAAGGCGCGCUCGGUUUGCGCCCAAUGCAGGAACAUGUAAUUGUCGUUGGCCAACUUGUGGAUGACAGAAGAGCCAUAUCCUCCCGAUCCCGCGCACAAAGAAAACAAUAACCCCGCAGUCCGUUCAGAUGGGAAGUGGGGCACUUGAAGGAAUACAGAAGGAUAAGUUGGCGAUGGCGCAGAGUCGAAAUUCUGCAUUUAUUGAAACCAAACCCAAAACGACAAAAAAGAAAA